GUGUGGUGAAUUCAGCAACGUCAGAGUGUAUAUGUAGGUGUGCGACGAAUGCACGUUUUAUCGAGCGUCGUUUUGGCGCAGUUAUGUUUUAUCCCAAAACGCCCUUUUUGGGCAAUUCACUCUUGGAAAGCGAAAUUUUAAAAGCUAAUGUAUUCAGCUAGAUUGCCGCAACUUUUAGAAUGGCUUUGUGAGACCCCACGUAUUACCACAUACCGUGUAAAUACACUACGUACAAGUGUAGCGGCCUAUAAAAGCGAACUGGAAGCCAAAUUAAAAUCUCUAUUAGGCUCGCAAGCGCCCAAAGUAUUUGGCAUGUCUGAACUACCCGAAAUUGUUUGCAUAGCUCCAUUGCCGUCUUCGGAGGAAAUUAUUGAUGCUAAGCUCAAGCACCUGAUUGUUGAUACCAGUUGUGGUGCUGCUUUGCUGCGUGGUGCCCACAUUUAUGCCCCCGGUGUCUUGGCCAUGGAAACGGGCACCCAAAUCCACGAACUGGUCAAUGUCUUUGCAGAUCUUAAGGGCAAAUGCAAGCGCGGUACUGCCACACGCUACGAGAGCACAGAAAAGGUCUUUCUGGGCGUCGGGAAAGUACUCAUGCAACGUUAUCAGCUGUAUAACAACGACAAACAGCCUUCCACAGGCAUUGCCGUCAGCAUGCAAACAAAUGUUAGUGGUGUGCCCGCAUUAGGGGAUCUCAGCAGCUCGGAUGCAUUGUUACAAAAUUUGCCAUCCAUUGCAUGUGUUCGGGUGCUGGCACCACAGCCCGGAGAGCGCAUAUUGGACAUGUGUGCCGCUCCGGGAAACAAAACCACACACAUUGCCGAGCUGAUGACCAAUGAGGGAUGUGUCAUCGCAUUAGAUAAUUCGGCCAGUCGCGUGCAUGCCAUGCAGUCGAAGCUCGUCAACUAUAGCUGCAUCGAGGCUCAUGUCUUCGACUCCACCCGAGCACAUGAUGUUACUGCAUCGUCGUCAUCAUCUCAGCCACCUUUUGGAUCGCACAGCUUCGAUCGCAUUCUCUUGGACGCACCAUGCAGCGGCUUGGGCAAUAGACCCCAACUGGCCUGUCACAUCAAACAGCUCAAGCUAUUGCAAUCGUAUCCAAACAUACAACGGCGAUUGUUUGCUCAAGCCGUGCCACUUCUCCGGCCAGGCGGCGUGCUCGUCUAUAGUACCUGCACUGUGACGGAGGCAGAAUGCGAAGAAAUUGUUGCCUGGGCUUUGCGAAAAUUUCCUCAGCUGUCUCUGGUGGAUGCCACGCCAAAAUUUGGUGCGCCUGGACUGCCCAAUCCAGGUCUAGAUGCCUCGCAGUGCGUACUUUUGCAACGAUUCGGUCCAAACAAGGAGGAAUAUGCUGUGCAGGAUUUGGACACGGUUGGGUUUUUUAUAGCCAAGUUUAAGAAAAUAGCGAAUAUAUAAAAUUAUAUAUGUAUGUAUGUACAUUAAACCAUAUGCAUGAAUUGUU